AGGCACCUGUUUCACUUCAAAUUGUUCGAAGGGAAAAAAGAUUAAUUGAUGAUAGAGGCAAUCCCAAUAUUUACUAUAAAAAGCCAAAAGUUUUGCCAGGUGGUGGUCUUGCUCCAAAAGAGAAUGUGCUUGAUAAAUAUCAUAAUAAUGAUAUUAUUCAAAAAAGUGAAGAAUUCAUCCCUGACCUGCCACAGUUCGAGGUUCCUCUUGCCAUUGUUCCUCCAGGUUUUCCCCUAUCUUAAUAGCUGACCAUUUGUUUGUAAGUGAGCAUUUUUUUUUUUGUUCUCCUUGCAACAACCACCACCAAGCCUUUUCCCAAUUAUUUGAGUCGGCUACAUGAAUCCCAUGUUUGAGUUUUUCCAAUAUUUAUACAAAGUCGAGAUCGACAUUGGGAUUGGCACUGGAUUCUAUAAAUUUGAUUUUGUUUUUUUUUUUUUUAUUCGAUUCUUUGUUUAUUGGAGAAAACACUAUGUGGCCAUGAUUUCCUCUUUCUAGUUUUUCUCCAUUGGUUUUUAUUUUUUUAUUUUUUAUAAUGCCUGUAGAAGUCUGUAUAUAGCCUGCCCCUCUCAUCUUGUAUCUGACAGACUAUUGUGUAUCGAUCAUUAUUGAUGCAUUUCUGACCCUUACUUUCUGCUUAGCUCCUUCCACUCUGUUAGGUGAAGAUGGUCACUCAAAUAGAUAUUGUUCAAAUAUUGAAGGAAAUGGUUUGAAUCUCCUGGAAUCUAAACAUCUGGAUACAGAGAAUGAAGAUGAUGGUGAUUCAUUGCAAUUUGAUAUUGCUUCCUCUCUCAAUGGAGAGGUGAAAAUUUCCCUGAUCUGUAAUUCUGCUCGGCAAUCUGAUUAUCAUAUUCCAAGUUUAAGUGCAGUUUUGAAAUCAGUGGAGGAAAGAUAUCUUAAAUCAUUCAAAAUUAUUGAACCUGGUUUCUCUCUGAGCAACUUGAUGAAAGAUAUUUGUGAAUGCUUCUUGGCAGAGGGCACUCAUUCUACUGAUGAAGAACAUGCAGGAUCCAUUACUGUAACCCCGUCUCUAGAUGUAUCACAGAAAUCCAAUGCACUAGUUGUCCUGCAUGGUAGAGGUGAUCGUGAAGACAAUUUCUUCAUUCCACCAAGCUUUUUGAAUGGGUCAGUCAGAUCUCAGAAUCUUAUUGAGGUCCCUCCCCAAUUUCCAGGACUUGUUUCUCUAAAUGGAUCGAAUCCUAUUCACUGCAGUACAGGUUCAAAAACAACUGGGAAUCCUUAUUGUGCAACGGAGAAGAAGACCAAGGAACAAAAAGGCGUGGGAUCUUCGAAUUCAAGUGCUAUGGUACUUUUCCAGAAGCACCACUCCUCUCUUGACCCACUAAAGCACCCACAGUAUCUUGAUGAUAUUACCAGAGGUGAAGAAAAUGUUACUAUUUCUUUGAUAAAUGGAAUCACCAACGAUUGUCUGCCAACCUUUUACUACAUUCCAAGGAACAUAGUUUAUCGAAAUGCAUAUGUGAAGUUCAUUCUUGCUCGUAUUUCUGAUGAAAAUUGUUGUUCAAAUUGUUUCGGGGAUUGUAUGUCAUUAGCCAUACCCUGUGCCUGCGCUGGUGAAACCGGGGGUGAAUUUGCUUAUACGCCAGAAGGAUUAGUUGAGGAGAAGUUUCUUGAAAAAUGUAUCGCAAUGAAUCGUGAUCCUCAACAGCACGGCCUCUUUUAUUGUAAAGAUUGCCCGCUAGAAAGGUCCAAGGAUAAAAGCUUAUCUGGCCCAUGCAAGGGCCACUUGGUGAGGAAAUUUAUAAAAGAAUGUUGGUAUAAAUGCGGAUGCAGUAUUAAGUGUGGAAAUCGAGUUGUACAGCGAGGCAUAACAGUGAGUAUGCAGGUGUUUAUGACCCCUGAAAGAAAGGGAUGGGGUCUUAGGACACUUGAAGACUUACCGAAAGGUGCUUUCAUCUGUGAAUAUGUGGGAGAAAUAGUGACCAACAUGGAGCUAUAUGAGCGUAAUGUGCAUGGUAGCAGUAAUGACAAGCACACGUAUCCUGUGCUACUGGAUGCGGAUUGGGGUUCAGAGGGUGUCUUAAAGGACGAAGAGGCCCUAUGUUUGGAUGCAACAUCAUAUGGAAAUGUUGCAAGAUUUAUCAAUCACAGAUGCUUUGAUGCCAACUUGGUUGAGAUCCCAGUUGAAGUGGAGACGCCGGAUCAUCAUUACUAUCAUCUUGCUUUUUUCACGAGGAGGAGGGUGGAUGCUUUUGAAGAGUUAACUUGGGACUAUGGUAUUGACUUUAAUGAUCACAGUCAUCCAGUGAAGGCAUUCCAGUGUCAAUGUGGAAGCAAACUCUGCCGAGGCAUAAAGCGUCAGAAGAGAACCAAAUUCAGCUCAUGAAUUCUGAUGACCAACCAAGCUGCGGAGAUAUUUUGGAAGGAAAACUCUCUGAAAAAGUAUAUGAAGAUGAAUGACUUACCAAUAGAAUUUAAUUCCAGCAAAUUAGAUUCAGUUGAAAACCAAUGACUCUUGAUUUUGGCUUUACUAAUACAGAUUAUAGAUAGUGGGGGGAAAAAUGAUACUCCGCAUACUACUAUUUUACUGUUACAGCUAAAUGAAAAAUGGAUGUACUGUCAUAUAGCUAAAAUGAUAUUUUGGACGUAGGUACAGUUUUUCUGGAAUAGUUAGUACAAGGUAUACUUGUAUGAAUCAAAACAAUGUUAAAAGCUGGUUGAUUUCUGUAAGGUUAAAAAGAAACAAGAUUAUGUCUUGGUA